UAGCUUGAUAUGAAGAAUCUCCACAUUACUUCAGAGGUAGGAGACAGAUUGGUGAAUUCUGAAGGUGCACUAUCUUAUAAGACAAGGGUUUCGUCAAACCAGCCAUUAAAUCAAAGCCUGAGUAAACGUUUGUAUGGCGAUUUCUUUGAAAGGGAACUUAAUUUAGGGAGAGGGCAGGGUAAUUAUAAAGCUCAGAGGCCAGUACCAGCUAUUACAAACUACUGUCACAGUGCUGGAAGAGGACAGGCAUACACAGUUAAUGAAACUCGGGGAUUAGGAGGAGGCUAUUUUCGUUCAGGAAUAGAUUAUGGUCAUGCCAGUUUUAAUAUAGAUGAUUGUUGUGAUGAGCAAGGAAUGCGUUUGGAAGAGGAGGAGCCUGGAGUUUUUAAAAUGCACAAGAGGUUCGGAUCAAGUAGUCGUCGAAAAUUCAUAGAUCCAUACAUUACUGCUAACUUCUGUGUAGCAUGUGGACAGUCAGGUGACUUUCGUUGUUCUCGUUGUAAGACUUGGUACUGCUCAAGAAAUUGUCAAGUCAAGGACUGGCCACUUCAUAAGCCUAUAUGCAAAGAAGUUGAAGGAGAAAAUGAUGCAUCAAGCAUGAAAUCAUCAGAAUCUUGUAGAGAAAGCUUUCAAAGCCAAGUUUCAAAUACAGAGGACACGACGGAGAUCCAACACUUUAAGGAAAAUAUAAAUAAAUUUAAUCAAAGAAGAUUACCUCACAUGAAUCAAAAGGAACAAAAUACUCAUUUAAAAAGUGAGAAAGAAGACAAAGAUCAUUCUAGAGAAUUUUCUGUCAAAAAGCAGCAGCAGUUUAUAACAAAAGAAACUGUGCUAGAUCAGGGUCCUAAUAAUCUUGAUAAACCCGAGUUCAAUAAGGGACAAAAACUAAGAGAUAACUUCAAAGAACCAGUGAGUCAGCAAAAUGAUAAGGGUUAUAGAUAUAAUAAUAGUAGGUUCAGUGGCAAAAGUAAUGGUAAAGGCUAUCAGAAAGAAGACAAGGAAAGUAAUUCGGAUUACCAAAAAACUGAUUACACUAGUAAUAAAGAAGACCCUGACAGGUGUAAUGUGAAGUCUUUUAGUACAAUCCAAGAAACAAAAAAGGAACCAUUACUGAAAGAGGAAGUCUUGAAUGUUGAAGUGCUUGCAGAUAUACACGGGAAAACUCCAAGUAUUUCCAGUGAUGCAUCAGGAGCUGUGUCAGAGUCUAACAAUAGAUUUCCAGCCCAGGAGGUUGAAACAGAUACAAAAGUUACAGGAAAAGAAAUUGAAAGUGGGCAGCUUGAAAUGAAUAUAGUUUCCAAAGAUGAGCCUAUUCAAGAGCAACUACAACCAGUUUCAACUCCCCCAAAAAAGUUCUGGUUAUCAGAUUGUUCUUCUAUCAAUCUCCCUGUUGGAGAAACCAUUCCACUAGUAGUCAGUACCAUUGUCUCCCCUGAAAUGAUGUUCUUCCAUCCUGUGGAAGAAGGAGUGAUCCUGAAGUUGCAAGAAAUCAUGAAGAUGGUUAAUGAAAAUUGUAAUAAUCUUCCUGAUAGUAGCUAUUUACCAGAAACUGGUGAGAUGUGCCUUGCAAAGUAUACUGAUGGUCUAUGGUAUCGUGCAGUGGCCCUACAGCUAGACAAGGCUGAUAUACAUAUUUGGUUCAGUGACUUUGGAAACUCUGAGAUGGUUGCAACAAGUGAUAUCCGUCCAAUUUUCCCUGAAGUUAUGGAAUAUCCUUUGAUAGCCCAACACUGUAUGUUACAAGACUUUCUCACUAAAAUGGAGUGGACUGAUGAAAAUAUACAAGAGCUGAGGACGUGUUUACCAGAUUCGGAUAUCAUUAUGGCAACAAUUCUGGAAAAACACCCAGAUAAUUAUUACAUUGUAGACAUCCCAAGUGUUCGUAAACAUUUGAUCAAGAAAGGGCUUGUCAGACUCACCACAGAGGGAAGCUAGUGUUUUUCACUUGUGUUUCUUUCAGUGAACUUAUCAAAAAUUGUACAAUAGAAUUUAUGUAUUCUUUUUUUAUUUUGUUUUCACUUGUUAAAAAUUUCUUUACAAUUGACAGGAUCUUCUGUCCUUGCAUGUAUUGUGAUUUGAGUUUGUUACUGUUCAUGGACCCAUUUUUGCUUGAAAGACGAGACAUGUAUCUACGUUGAAUUUUUCAGUUACUAGCAGGGUAUGCUUUGGUGCUACAAGCCAGACCUUCAUUUUUUUUUUUCUGCUUUUCUUUGAACAUGUGAACUUUACACCCUUUCAAGCUUAAGUGAUAUACUUGUUUGAGAAAAUAUUGAUAAGUCUGCUUGUUCAAUCUCAUUGAGAGUUCUCCAUGUACCAGUUGUAAUAAAACUUUGUUUGUUAUUGUACAA